AUGAUGUUCAACGGGCUCCUGGUGAGCGGGGAUUCUGAUAAUAGUGAUGGGAAAAAUGACAGCAGCGGAGCUUGCAGUCUCAUGGACAGUGCGACUGGGUCGUGCGAAGCGAACGCACAGGCUUCGUACUAUCAUAACAAACUAGUCUCUACCCUACAGAUCUUGCAAAACAGAGAAGAGACGAUACGAGUACAAGCAGAAAGCCUAGCUGUGGCUGAGGAAAGAAUAUCAGCGCUGACAGAACGCGCUGCCGAGUUGAGGCGAGAUCUUGAACGAAAAUCUAAAGAGGAGGUUGAACAGCAAAGUGAUAUGAUGAACACAUUGCAAAGCAAUUUGAGCGUCAUCGAAGAUCUAUACAGGGAGUGCUUUUACGAGACUGCAAAGCAAGAGGACUUAAUAGACUUACUUCGUAAAUCAUACCUAGACGUGCGCCUCAUGGACAAACAGAAAGCUGAUCAAAUCGGAAGACUCCAGAAUGUUAUUAACGCGCAGAAGUUGUCGUUAGAUAAGUGUCAGGAAAUUGCUUUGGAAGUGGACACUCUGAAGAUGGAACUAUCCAAUUUUUUGGGCAGUCCUACAUCUACCAACAAUGACUCGGGUAUGUGGGAGCGCUGUGAGGAGUCGUUCGCGACAGCCCCGGAGGUGCACGAGGAGCUGCAGGAGGUCAUGGAACAGUUACUGAGACUCAGGGAGUUACUCAAUGAUCCCUGUACCUGUGGUUUGCAAAAUGAAAUUAGAAGGUUAAAACAGAAAAAUGAAGCGUUACAGAGCGAAACCACCGAGUUAUGGCAAAGGAAUUCCGAACUAGAAAAACAGCUGCAAGCGAAAAGUGAAACAAAAGAUAACUUAGAAAAGAAGUAUAAAGAAGAAGUAAAAACUAGAGAAGAACAACUGAAAUGUGUAAGAAGAGAACUAGCAAUUAUGUUAGAAAGCUCGAAAGACCAAGCUAUCACCUGUGAGCAGUUGACUAUGCAACUACGACAGACCGAAGAGCUGCUAGCUGACAAGAGUGAGGAGUUGGUGCGAAUGCAGCAACAGUGUGACACGCAGCAGGAGACGAUAGACGAACUCAGGGAUGAGGCGAAAAGAACGGAAGAGCUAUAUAAAGAGAACUGCAAGUUGAGAGGCGAGGUGUCGUCGCUGAGCGCGCAGGCGGCGCAGUGGCGCGAGCAGCUGGCGGCGAGCGGCCGCCGCGUGCGCAAGCUCGAAACCAAACUGCGACAGGCGAUCGACUGUUACAGCGAAAAAGAAAACAACGCAUCCGAACUGCAGUUGCAACUGGAGCAGGCGCACGCGCGUGGCGCGGCGCUGUGCGGCGACGUGCGGCGCGUGCUGUGCGCGCUGCGCCACUGGGCGCGCCGCUCCCGGGACGCGCGCAGGGAGCAAGAAAACACGAUCAAAGAGAAGGACGAAGUUAUUGCCGCCUUACAAAAUCGUCUCCAAAGUCGAGCCGAUAACGACAUGCCGUGUCUGUGUACCGGCGCCGCUCAGGAGCCGCCCCGCUCGGCGUCCAGUAGACGAGCCAGUUGUUCCCGACUGGAAGCGGGACGGCCACAGUUUUUAACCACUAAUGAGAACGAGAUGGCGACUUGUUCGUCAGCUCCGACACCACCGAGACGACUGUUUAGGAAAAAGCCGCCUUAUGGAGUUACGAGUUGUAAAGGGACGCGCUGGUUCUGCGAAGCGACCCAGCAACAUCCAGAACGGCAUGACGCAAGUCAAGACCCCAGGGAUUCCUAUUGCGAGAUGCCUGAACCAACCACGACCAGUACCAUGGGCAACGUGUCGCCAACAGACGAGUUGUUCAGGCGAAUGGAAAAUCUCUCGGACGCAUUAGCAGACGGGUAUCGACGUUGGACCAAGUCAGACGCGCGGUGA